AUGUCUUCAAACAUCACUCUAUAUACCUGGCCCACGCCAAAUGGUAUCAAAGCCUCCAUCACUCUCGAGGAGCUUGGGAUUCCUUAUAAAGCUGAAUUUAUUGAUAUCAACUCCAGCUCGAAUCCCCAAAAAGAAGAAUGGUUCUUGAAGAUUAAUCCCAAUGGCCGUAUCCCCGCUCUGCUCGAUGGCUCCACGCGCGUUUUCGAGAGCGGAGCAAUCAUGUCAUAUUUGACCGACAAGUACGACACCGAUCGCAAGAUCAGUUACGCCCCUGGCACUCCUGAGCACGCCGAACAAACCUCCUGGUUAAUGUUCCAAAUGGGUGGACUCGGGCCUAUGCAAGGACAAGCAAACCACUUCCGUCUCUUCGCCAACACGCGCUCUGAUUACGCUAUCCAGCGGUAUAUCAACGAGACGAAGCGUCUGUUCUCGGUCCUAGAAUCGCGAUUGAAGGAAAGUCCUUACCUCGCGGGUGACAAGUAUACUAUUGCCGAUAUUGCAAGUUUUUCUUGGGUUCGUGGGGCUCCUGUUACCUUGGAGAUUGAUCUGUCUGAGUUCCCCGCCUUGAAGAAGUGGGUUGAGGAGAUCGAUAAGCGUGCCGCUGUUCAAAAUGGGGCGAAUUCUCCUCGUUCGACUUGGACUCCUGAGGAGAGGGCUGAAAACUUCCGGAAGUGCCGGGCCAAGAUUGAUGCCAUGACAACUACUGAUAAGCAUUGA